AUGCGGCAAAAAAGAGCCAAAUCUUAUAGAAAACAGAUGUUGGUUUACCAUCACAACUUCAAAUUCAGAGAACCGUAUCAGGUUCUCGUCGACGACAAAAUAGUCUGCGACACACAUAAGGCUUCGUUCGACCUCGUGAAGGGUCUACAGCGGACUCUGCAAGCCGAGGUCAAGCCCAUGAUCACGCAGUGCUGCAUACAAGCGAUUUAUGACACUAAAUAUCAGGAUGCUAUAGAUUUGGCGAAAACAUUUGAAAGAAGACGUUGCAACCAUCCCCCAAAGGAGGCUAAACCUCCAUUAGAGUGUCUCGAGAGCGUCGUGAAUAUUAACGGAGUCAACAAACAUAGAUACGUGGUGGCUAGCCAGGAUACAGACAUCCGCAAUACUUUGCGUAAAGUGCCUGGCGUGCCAAUGGUGUUUAUGAAUCGUUCCGUUAUGGUCAUGGAACCGCUCAGUAGGUCGAGUGAGAGGCUGAGCCGAGACCAAGAAAAGCAAAAGCUUUUCAAGGGCUUAAAUGACCCAUCUACGGCUGGAAAGCCUGCUGCUGCUGAAAAGACAUCGGAAGAGAACACACAUGCUUCUAGUGGUAAGAAGCGCAAGGGACCCAAGGGACCCAAUCCAUUAAGCAUGAAGAAAAAGAAGGGAAACGAACCUACAGGUGAGACCAAGGAAUCCGUAAAGACAGAGACAACGACAACGAAUACUUCUUCGUCGCGCCGUCGGAAACGCUCUCAUAAAUCAGCAAGCUCUCGUCAGGAGGAAGCCGGCGAAACCAGCAGCUGA